GCAGCUGGAGGUAGUUGGAAGCCUGGGCCUUGCAAGUUUAGCCAUGGUGCUCAGCCUCCUCUCCCCAAACCUGUCCCGCCUGGGGCUGUGGGCAUCUGUAGUGAUCCUGAUCGUAAGCGCCCUCAAGCUCUUCACCCUGCUGUUGCGGAGGCAGAAGCUGGCCAGGGCUAUGGACAGCUUCCCAGGACCCCCCACCCACUGGCUUUUUGGUCAUGCCCUGGAGAUCCAGAAGUUAGGGAGCCUGGACACGGUGGUAUCCUGGUCCCAACAGUUCCCUUAUGCCCAUCCUCUCUGGCUUGGACAAUUCGUUGGGUUCUUGAACAUCUAUGAUCCUGACUAUGCCAAAGCUGUAUACAGUCGUGGGGACCCAAAGGCUCCAGAUGUGUAUGACUUCCUCCUCCAGUGGCUUGGGAAAGGCUUACUGGUUCUCGAUGGGCCCAAAUGGUUCCAGCACCGCAAGCUGCUCACACCUGGCUUCCAUUAUGAUGUGCUGAAGCCUUAUGUGGCCUUAUUUGCUGAAUCCACACGUAUCAUGCUGGACAAGUGGGAGAAAAAGGCUAGUGAAAAUAAAAGCUUCGACAUCUUCUGUGACGUAGGCCACAUGGCGCUGGACACUCUCAUGAAGUGCACCUUUGGCAAAGGAGACAGUGGCCUAGGCCACAGAGACAGCAGCUAUUACCUGGCAGUCAGUGAGCUCACAUUGCUGACACAGCAGCGCAUUGAAUCCUUCCAGUACCAUAAUGACUUCAUUUACUGGCGCACUCCACAUGGCCGCCGCUUCCUACGGGCCUGCCAGACAGCCCAUGACCAUACAGAUCAGGUCAUCAGGCAGCGGAAGGCAGCCCUGCAGGAUGAGAAGGAGCAAAAAAAGAUCCAGCAGCGGAGGCAUCUGGACUUCCUGGACAUUCUCCUGGGUGCUCGGGAUGAAAGUGGGAUCAAGUUGUCGGAUGCAGAUCUCAGGGCUGAAGUGGACACAUUCAUGUUUGAAGGCCAUGAUACUACCACUAGUGGUAUCUCUUGGUUUCUCUACUGCAUGGCCCUUUAUCCUGAGCACCAGCAGCGAUGUAGGGAGGAGGUCCGUGAGAUCCUCGGAGACCAGGACUCCUUCCAGUGGGAUGAUCUGGCCAAGAUGACCUACUUGACUAUGUGUAUUAAGGAGUGCUUCCGCCUCUACCCGCCUGUGCCCCAGGUGUUCCGCCAGCUCAACAAGCCAGUCACCUUUGUGGAUGGCCGCUCUCUACCUGCAGGCAGCCUGAUCUCUAUGCACAUCUACGCCCUCCACAGGAACAGUGCUGUGUGGCCUGACCCAGAGGUCUUUGACCCACUGCGCUUUUCUCCUGAGAAUGUGACUGGACGCCACCCCUUUGCCUUCAUGCCUUUCUCUGCGGGGCCCAGGAACUGCAUUGGGCAGCAGUUUGCCAUGAACGAGAUGAAGGUGGUCACAGCCCUUUGUUUGCUGCGCUUUGAAUUCUCCCUAGAUCCCUCAAAGCUGCCCAUCAAGCUUCCCCAGCUGGUCCUGCGCUCCAAAAAUGGCAUCCACCUCCACCUGAAGCCACUAGGCUCUAGGAAAUAGAUUUUCAGAGAGUGUGGCAUAGACAGCACAGGCUGUGGCUUUUCCUGGGACACUGCCCUCCUAUAUUGAAUGUGGAGUCAUCAUGGGUCCCUGCUUUGUGGGGCUUACAGAUGUGAAAUUGGCACUGACAGUGUCAUGAAAGCCAGUCCCUUGUGAACAUGUGUGUCUAAUGACUCAAUGCCUGGACUCUGGAGUUCAUUCCUUCACUCUAUAAAAUUAGUUGAACAUCUGGCUGUCUUGAGAAAAAUCAUUUAUUUCUCAUAGCUGUAUGUCUUCUAAAACAAUCAAAUAAAAACCAGAACCAUACAUUUCAAACCUUGAAAAACAUCACUGAAGACAAUGCAAAUGUUGUCUUGAGAUUUGUGAAAGAGGGAUAUGAAAGAGGGAUGACUUGAUAGAAGGUGGCCAUUCAUUGACAUGCAUUUCUUUAGCUACCUUUGUGUGUAUUUGGAAUAUAAUGAACAUAAAGAAAACUUGUUUAGACUAAAUCUGUAAAAAAUAAAGAUUAAAUCUUAAAGAAAA